AUGGAGUUGCAUCAUGGAGAAUGUGGAUCUCACUCAGGUGGACGAAGUCUAGUAUUAAGAGCGGUGAGAGCCGGAUACUAUUGGCCGACGAUGUCGAAUGACGCGACAAGAUUCGCUCGUCAAUGUGACAAGUGUCAGAGACAUGCUCAAGUGUCGAAACUACCUCCAGAGAAUUUGAAAAGCAUAAAGGCAUUUAGUCAAGUCACAGAUAAAAAAGUCAGAGGUUUCAUAUGGAGAAACAUCAUAUGCAAAUUUGGAGUUCCUCAAGAGAUUGCCACUGACAAUGGCUCUCAAUUUACGAGCAACAACUUCAAAAACUACUGUAUCACGUGGGAAAUAAAGCUUAGCUUCGCGACACCCAGGCACCCACAAUCCAACGGACAAGCUGAAUCUUCAAACAAAACCAUUAUACAGAUGUUGAAGAAACGGCUUGAAAGCGCAAAAGGCAAGUGGGUAGAAGAGCUCCCUGGCGUGUUGUGGGCUUAUCGAACGACAUCCAAAAUAGCAACUGGGGAAACACCUUAUUCUCUUGUGUACGGGAUGGAAGCGGUAGUGCCAUCUGAAGUCACUGUGAAAACGAUACGAACAGAGCAUCUACAAUACCAAGAAAACGAGGAGCUGAUGAAGCUCGACCUCGACCUACUCGAUGAGAAAAGGGAAACUGCAAGGAUUCAAAACUGGUGCUACCAACAGGACAUCGCAAGACGAUACAACAAAAACGUGCGAACUAGGACUUUCCAAGUUGGCGAAUGGGUACUCAGGCGCGUCUUGAAGUCACUGUGA